GCUGACAAAGGAGUAAGCAGGGAAUCGGUAGUUUGUUUUUUUCUAAUUUUAAUGAGUUUUGUUUUGUUGAUUUUUCGAUUCCCGAUUUAAUGCUGAAAGAAUAAUUUCCAUAAUUCUAAUUUUCUAGAUAUGAUAAAGCUUUAAAAAUUUUAAUGGGGGAUCGAAUUCAGAGCAACACUCCAAGCCCAGUUUUGCCUUCAGAUAUUCCUUCGAAACGAGUGUGGCAGGUUUAUGGUCCAAUGUCUUUACGCGAAUUGUUAACCCGCAUUGAGUUACGUGUUGGGAAACGUGUUGAUUGGUUGAUAUCUGGACCGUCGGGUGCAAUUAAUAUCUUCAGAAGAGAUGCUCCGCCUUCAUAUAUUGACAAGCCUUUGGCUGUUGCGGUUUCAGAAAGUGAACGUGCUGAUAAAUUCCGGCGAACGGCCACAAGAGACGGAAACGUUAUAAGUUUUAAACCUAUAUGCGAAGAGUGUGAAAAUGCAUCUUUAUUAGAGCCUGGGGUUGAUAAUUGCCAAUCUCACCAAAUUUGUCAACAUUUUAGCGCUGAUAAAUCUAGCAAAACAACUAAAGUUGCUGUAAAUAAUCGAAUGGAAAUUUUUGGGCGCCGUGCUAAAAGAUCUCGUAAAACUUUUACUUUGGGCUCAAGAAUUAGGCUAAAGGCUUUAUGUCAAAACGCUGAUGGAGAACAGGAUAGUCUUGUUGUUGUGGUAGGCUUGUUGCGCAUGUAA